AUAGCAACUAUUUUUUAUAAAAUCUGCUCUACCGAAAGCUGGUGUUUCGGCUCGUAUUGAUUUACAAAGUAAGUCACCCUGUACAUUAUGUAUGCAUUCAAUCACGGUUGAGUAGACCUAACCUCAAAAAAAUUAUUUUUUUGUGAUUAUUCCUAAAUAUGACUAAAAAGGAAAAAGAAGAAGAGUCUUCGUUUGAUAUAACUAAAAAAGAUCCCGAAGCUAUCUAUCGUCUGUAUAGCAUCUUAUCGUUCAUAAUUGUACUGGUAGGAGUGGGCUUACCAGUAUGGUGGAUGACAACUCGAGUAUACCGAGCAUCACUACCCCUAAGAGAAAUAUACGAGUUCGAGUUAAAGAACAGAACAAAUCAAGUGUACGGUUUACCUUUAAGCGUGGAAUAUGAUGUUUUAAUUACAAUUGUGAAUCCAACUCCUCAAUUCUUACAUGUGGAUUUAGAUGGUGAACUUAUAGAUUUAAAUCUACAGCCAAUGCUAAAUUUAUUAGAUGGUGUAAUCGAUUUUUCUGUUAAAACACAAUGGUUAUAUCUAACAGAGCUGGGGGUGGCACCCAAAAAAGUUGAUGAUUUUUACAUUCUUACACAAGAGCAGUUGCCUCACGUUAUAACCCCCUUGGAAAAGAAGUUGUGGUCGCAUAUGUCACAAAAGCCUUGUAUAAAUCUUGUACUGUACAUAACUCCAUGUAAGACCCCUCUUUAUAUACUAGACGAAAACAACACGAAACUUCCCACAAACUCUUUUUUAAGCCCACGCUGGGGUGGUGUAACUAUUUUAAACCCCAGUCCAGAAGCGUGCCAGUCUGGAAUAUUUGAACCACAACUUUCGUGGAUUAUCAAUAUUUUCACCAAGUAUUUACAACAUUUACUUAAACUAGACAGCAACUCGAAGUCUGAUAUAGACAAAUUUGCACUUGCAAAAUCUAUGGACAUGCUGAAUUCGACACGGCGCACCUUAAAGAGUUUGGCCCAACUGCUCUCCGAGAUUAACAGCAUUGUAAUCAGCGAUGACGUUGCCGAAAGGAUCAGUUUGGCUGUAUCAAAAGCAAACGAGGCAGAGGAAUAUUUAGAUGGUGGCAAGUUGCAGCUAGGCUUGGAUGCUGCAAAAAUUGCAUUUCUGAACUCUGAAGCAGCAUUUAGUGAUCCCUCACUGUUGGCUUUACUAUAUUUUCCGGAUGAUCAGAAGUAUGCUGUUUACAUUCCCUUGUUUUUACCCAUCGUAAUUCCAGUGGUAUGGUCAUUGAUGUCGGUGAAGAGUUGGUAUUCCCCUCCUGUCAAGCUAAAAGCAGAGUGAUGUGACACCAAGAACUGAUUGAACGUUAUUUUAAAUGUGAUAUUAUGUAACAUUAUGUGUAUAGUGUGGAUAUCAUUUUUUUAACAUUGUGAUAAUUCCUAUGUCUGAAAUAGUACUCUUCAAAUUUGGA